AGGUGCAGUGGUUAGGCUAGUGAACCGUAGGGUUUGCACUUCACAGCCUCAGCUGAUGCAGCCAAUGUGUUCAUAUUUUAUAAGUCUUUUUCACAGUCAUAUAUUUGUACCAGUAAAAUAUGUGAUGUUAGUGUAAGUAGCAUAGCAUAUAUGUGGAUGUUAAUACAUGCGUUAAUAUUAGUAACUGAUAUACUUAAAGUAGGUUAUUGUUAUUUGAUGUCUCAGUAAGGCUAUCUACCUUUUGUUUAUGCAUGUUAAGAAAUCUGUUUUCUAGAAUUUAUAUUGAAGUAGUUUGUUUUUAAAGAUAUGUUAUUAAACUCACUUAAUGUAAACUUAUUUAGAGAUUUGUGUCUGUACGUCUGAUUGUUUUCAGUAGCAUUUUUACCACUGAAAUUAGGCACUGAUGCAUGAAGUGUGCUUCAGCUGGGGGUGACUGUACACUGUCUUGAAGAAUUCGUAAUGGAUGUAUAUUCCAGCUCAGCUACCACAUGAGUGGUUCUUCUAAGUGCAUGGAGUCACCUGUUUAAAAAUCCUUGUUUUGGCUAAGAUGCUAAGGAAAAAUGUGAAAGUUAACAGUUUUUACCAAAAUUAAUUGAUUAAAAUUUAGCAAAUGUGGCAAGUCAGUGUACCUAUUUCACAGUGAAUUUUUCAUCUUUAUUUAUUUAUUUUUUCUUAUUAGUGUGACAUUAUUUUAGAACUAAUCUUGACAUAUGGCAGUUAAAGUGUGGAUAGGUAAGACACAUAAGCCACCCUUCUUCGGAUAAGUAUACAAAAAUUGACUACAAGGUUAAUGUGUUAAGAAGUUUUCCUGAAAGCAGGAAGUCUUCUUAAUGCAGUUAUCUGAUGUAGGUAUUUUCCAAAACUUUUAGCAGUUGGUGGAGGCGUGUUCCUUGGCAAUGGAUUGUUUUAGACAUCUCAGAUAUUGGUGAGACCUUUGAGUGAAUGGAUAUAGAUUGCCUUUUAAAUUACAGCUGAGUAUGUUAAGUAGAUUUUUGUUUUUUUGUUUAUUUGGAAUUGAAUGGAAUCUGUUGGAUUAUCAAAAUUGUUUGCUUCACAAGUAGAUAGCUUGAGUAACAGGGUAGGGGCACUCAUUAAGGAACAGAUUUCAAUUCGCACAUAUUUGUUUUUCUUUUUUUUUUCUUUUUUUUUCUUUUUUUUUUUUUGACUGAUUUGGUUAUUUGCCAUUUCUGGGGAUUAAACUUUAAAAAAUGUUCUUCUUUUCUGUAUCUGAUGUUCUGUGUGCUAUUAGUGAUGCAGCCAACACGAACGGUUGUCAUGUGUAACACAACUUUCGAUCACCGCGAAAACACCGUCCUGGGAAAGCGUCCAUGCUUGAUAUCGUUUGGUUCAUGAACAUUAAGUUUCCAGUACAGGUAAGAUCCCUGAAGAAGCCAAAGCCCUCUCCUUGCUGGCUCCUGCUCCGUCCAUGACUAGCCUGAUGCCUGGUGCAGGGCUGCUUCCCAUCCCGACCCCCAGUCCCUUGACCACACUUGGUGUCUCGCUCAGCAGUUUGGGAGCGAUACCAGCAGCAGCGCUGGACCCCAACAUUGCGGCUCUUGGGGAGAUACCACAGCCACCACUCAUGGGGAACGUGGACCCUUCUAAGAUUGAUGAGAUCAGGAGGACGGUGUAUGUUGGCAAUCUGAAUUCCCAGACAACUACAGCUGAUCAACUGCUUGAGUUUUUUAAACAAGUCGGAGAAGUAAAGUUUGUGCGGAUGGCAGGUGAUGAGACUCAGCCAACUCGGUUUGCUUUUGUGGAAUUUGCAGACCAAAGUUCUGUGCCAAGGGCCCUUGCUUUUAAUGGAGUUAUGUUUGGAGACAGGCCACUGAAAAUAAAUCACUCCAACAAUGCAAUAGUAAAACCCCCUGAGAUGACACCUCAGGCUGCAGCUAAGGAGUUAGAAGAAGUCAUGAAGCGGGUCCGAGAGGCUCAGUCCUUUAUCUCGGCAGCUAUUGAACCAGAGUCUGGAAAGAACAAUGAAAGAAAAGGCGGUCGAUCUCGUUCCCAUACUCGCUCACAAUCCAGAUCUAGCUCAAAAUCUCAUUCUAGAAGGAAGAGAUCACAGUCAAAGCGCAGGAGUAGAUCCCAUAAUAGAUCACGCUCGAGACAGAAAGAUCGACGCAGAUCUAAGAGUCCACAUAAAAAACGUUCCAAGUCAAGGGAGAGACGGAAGUCCAGGAGUCGGUCACGUUCACGGGACAAAAGGAAGGAUACUCGAGAAAAGAUCAAGGAAAAGGAAAGAGUGAAAGAUAGAGAAAAGGAAAGGGAAAAAGAGAGAGAGAAGGAGCGUGACAAGGAGAAGGAGCGAGGUAGAAACAAAGAGAAGGACAGAGAGAAAGAGCGGGACAAAGAGCCUGAGAAGGAACAGGACAAAGACAAGGACAGAUCCAAAGAGACCGAGGAGAAGAGGAAGAAGGAGAAGAAAUCCAGAACGCCACCCCGGAGUUACAAUGCCUCACGAAGAUCUCGAAGUUCCAGCAGGGAAAGACGUAGGAGGAGGAGCAAGAGCUCUUCUAGAUCCCCAAGAACAUCGAAAACCAUAAAAAGGAAGUCUUCUCGGUCUCCCUCCCCGAGGGGCAGAAAUAAGAAGGAUAAAAAGAAAGAAAAGGAACGAGACCACAUUGGUGAGAGGAGGGAGGGAGAGCGCUCAAGCUCUGUGAAAAAGGAUUGUAAAGACGGCGAUGGCAAGGAGGACAGCACCGCCCUCACGGGGAGCGAUGAGAAGGAGGAAAUGAACGAGGCCGAUUCAGAUGUGGGCAAGGAAGUGGAUGAGCAGGACGCACCGAGGACUGGGGAGAGCCACGGGCAGCAGAACGGCAACUGUCAGCCAAACGAGGACAACCUCUCUGCCCAGACAGACGCGGUAUAGGACCCUCCAAGGCCCCUCUGCACUCAACAACGCUGGCAUCCAGUCCAAAGCUUUUACGUCUCACAACAAGAUGUAAUGAACAGGGAGGAAGUCUAGUGGAGCGAAAAGAUAGCAGCGAACGGCUUUCCAAUCCUUAGGUGACUUUGUGGCCAUCUUGUUUCUGAAUCAGAAAGCAUGGACAUGGAGACAAUAGCACACGUUAUUCAGCCUUCUCAUCUGAAGUCUGUGCAAUUCCAUGGUGGCCGACAUACUUGUCAUGUGGUUUAUUCGUGUCUGCCAAGAACCAUUGCAAAUAGACACAACAUCAAAGAUCCAAACUCAUACUCUCCUUCAAGACUGGUGAGAAGCUUUGUAGGCUCUUGACAAGGCUGGUUACUGAAUUUUGUAUCACUUUACUUUUUUUUUUUUUAAAGCAAUUUCAGUAUGUAAAGUUUGAUGAUGUGCUUGAAACCGGUGGAAAUAUAAACACGCCCCUUGUAAGUGCAAAGUAUGUAAGAAGUUUUAGCCUUU